UUCAUAGGAAACACAAUUCUGCAGGUCUUUGACAGUCAGUGUCAGGAAGAAAAAAAAUCUUUACGAAGAUCCCGUCCCAUUUUAAACAUCCAGGCUUUUAUUGGUUAAGUGCAGACAUUUACGAGCCUGCAGCCGAAACUACAGUGGAGGUUAACCCCUCUGGAAGCAGCCCAAGAACUAGGUUUAACAGAGGCCUAUAUACAACAAACAAGACCAGCAUUGCAGUUCGGCUUUUGCAACUGCAGAACAGCUGCUUCAAGCCAAUACAGAAACGAUGGAAGAUAUACUAGAAUACAAAGAUGACAUUAAGCAAGGCUUGAUAGUGUUUCUGAAUUGUGUAGCAGAAGUUUCCUCUGCAGCAGCAGUGUUCAAUCCUGUGUUUGGCAUAGUAGGAUCCUUCAUAAAGGUUGUAUUGGAUCAAACAGGCAAUGAUGAAAUCAGUGAAUUGAAACAAGAAAUGGACAAUAUUUUUACAAACUUGGAUCAUAUCUUAGUACAAACUAAUGAAACGCUGAAUCAGGUUCAAAAAGUAUCUGCCGAUUUACAGUAUUCUAGGAUUGAGAGAAACAUUAAAGACCAGUUUCGCAUGUUUCAGGAAAUUUAUGAUGCCAAGCCAGAACACAAACCACAAAGGACACAAUACUUUGAAGAUAAUUUCCCAAAGAGAGGAGAAGACCAAAAUCUGCACACCCUUUAUGACCUUGUCAUGGGAAAAAACUUACUUUUCGGCCAACCUAUCUUGGAGGUAUAUAAAAAGUAUUCAAAUAAUGAUCCCAAUGUUAUGGGAACCCUGUGCACUCGCUUAAGGUGUCUUUUUUCUAUUGGAAUCAUAGCCCUUGUGGGCUACACAGUUAUAAUUGAGGAUAAUGAGAAGCGAUGUAUUGAAGAAUGGAGAAAGAAAAUGGAAGAUGUUGAAAAUAAAAUGCAGAUGAUUUUAAGUGCGUGUCAAAAGAGGCAGUAAAUGUCAGGGUGGGGAAAAGGCAGGUGAGACAUUAUAAGCAGACUGUUAAUAAAUGACAUGACCAGGAAUGGACAUCUUUGGCAAUAGUGGAUCCAGGGGUUUUAUUCCAACCAGUCUUUAUUAACGUCUGCCUUUAAAUUGAACACCUGGCUAAAUGAACAUCCAUUUUUAUUAUUGCAGGAUUCAAUAUAAAUUCUCAACCAUUCCAGCUUUUUAAGCUCAAGUUUGCUUUGAUUUCAUGCAUUCCCUCUCAUAGAACAGUAACUGCUAGCUGGUGAAGCUUUUUUAUACUUUUUUUUUUUUUUUUAAGUAUCCCACUUUUUAAAUUAUUGGUAAGAACUUUGUUAUUCUGUUCUGAUUAAGAUAUACAAAUGUAUUAUUAUUGUUUGUCUUCUUUCCCAACUAUUGCAUUGGAUUGAUUAAAAAUGUCUUCACAUAAUGACGCAGGUACUCAAAAAUCUAAUAAAGUCUUACAUGUAUUGAAAAAAUA